AAAGGACAUUCCCCUGAAGAGCAACUGGAGAGCAGUCCUCAAGCUCUGUCUGUGCUAAGCAGAGGACAGCCACAAACCUUCUAGACCUUAGCCUAGAACCACCCCAAGCCCCGGAGCACACUGGCACUGGAACUGAAUUUCCAGAGGCAGCAUGGACAUCAAGGAGUAUUUUGCCAGAAUUUCUUACCAGGGCUCCCACAAUAAGCCAGACCUGGCUACCAUGUCAGAUAUAUUCCAGCACCACAUCCAAGCUGUUCCUUUUGAAAACCUCAGCAUCCACUGUGGAGAAAGAAUUGAGCUGGACCUGGAAGCAACCUACAACAAGAUAGUGAGGAAGAAACGUGGGGGCUGGUGCAUGGAAAACAACUACCUUCUGUCAUGGGUCCUGAAAACUCUUGGCUACGAUGUCACUCUUCUGGGAGCAAAAGUUUAUGUCCCAGAGCUUGAGGGCUAUCCAGAAGAAAUCGAUCAUCUGCUGCUACGAGUGGAGCUAGAUGGCAAAUCCUACAUUGUGGAUGGGGGGUUUGGGAUGGCCUACCAGCUGUGGCAGCCAAUGGAGCUGAUUUCAGGGACAGAUCAGCCUCAGACUCCUGGGGUCUUCCGUUUUCAGGAGGAGAAUGGGACCUGGUACUUGGAUAAAGUGAAAAGGAAGCAGUGGGUUGUGAACCCAAGCACCUCGACUUCCCCAAAUGUGGAAAGUGAAGUUUGCCGUCGGAUUUAUCUCUUUACCCUUCAGCCACGAGACAUUGAGGAGUUCAGGGGCUGCAAUGCCCACCUGCAGACAGCACCUGACUCCCUCUUUGUGACCAAAUCCAUCUGCAGCCUGCAGACAGCCGAUGGUGUCCGGGCACUGGUGGGGUGGAAACUCACAGAGAUAAAGUACAAUUAUAGGGACAAUAUGGAUCUUGUGGAAAUCAGAAUCCUUGCAGAUGAAGAAAUAGACAAAACACUGAGGGAGAAAUUCAAUGUAGCACUAGAAAAGAAAUUUGUACCUGUCAAUACGAGCAGGUUAUCUCUGUUCUAACUCACUGCCUGGAUUACAAUUCAAUUCAGUGGCAUUACAGGCAAUUCUUCCCUCUCUUUCUGACAAGCAUCCAAAGGUUAAUCUUUCUCCUUCCAACUACACCAGUGUAAGGCAGAACAUACUAUCAUGAAUCUGGAAAACAAAAGGAUUUUCACAACUAUUCCUGCAUUUCUUUUUAGGUUGAGUACCAGUAAUUUCUGCCAAGCUCAAUCAAAUCAUUAUCCCUGUGUUUGUGCUUAGUGGGAAGCAGACUCAGCCCAUUCCCUACUUCUUUCAUUUCUUAAAAGCUUUUCCAAACACACCCAGGGUAGCUGGGCAGAAUGAUGGAGCUGUAUGUCUUUGUCUUUAUUACCUGGUGCUGCCACUGGGGGAAAAGGUCAUACUUGCCUCUUAAAUGAAUACUAUAUUAUUUUGGGAGUGUAAUAGCCAAAACCACAAAGGCAUUGUGUGCUGAGUUUCUCCAGUUAAAUCAUAAGCCUGUUCUUUUUGCUCUCACACCCACAACACCCUCUCCCAUGGCACUCAGGCCAUCCCACACCUGUACAAAGUCACCAUGUGAGUACUUGAGGACAGGUUAUUUAUGACUUAGAACUGCUGAUAAGAAAUGCUAUUGGCAAUUCUGUGUUGUUUCAGACUUUGCACAGCUCCUGUUCCCUCAGUGACAUAACCUUUCUUUGAACUGAAAGGAUCUCCUGAGCAUUUUGUUUGCUCACCCUCAGCAGCACACUGCUGGGAAUACAUGUUCCUCUCCUCAAACUACUCUGGGUGCUAUUGCACAUUAAUCAUUGCAGUGGAACCCAAACACAUGCACAGAAUUCUUUUUGUGAAACAUAUCUGUUCUACUGAGGAUGUGUUUGCAGUGAUAGUAAUUAUAUUGAUAUAAGGAGAAAUGAUGACUCUUAAUCACAUACCUAAGGGCUAAGAUUUCUUGUAGGAGAAAUGCCUCAAAUGUGACCCCUCUGCCCUUUGAGAAGAUACUUGAUGUUCCUUUAUGUACAAAUCUUGGAAGCAUUACAACUAUGCACUUAGAAUUAAGCAAAUUAUAUUAGUGAAUUACAAUUAAAUAAAAAAAUCAAGCACUGUGAACUAGAAUUAUUCAGAUGUUUCCCCCCCCUACAUUACAGCAUGUAUUCCCAUAGUAAAAAAUAAAUAUCAUAAAUCACUGAA